AUGCCCCGCCGAACAAAGAAGAAGCAAGCGCGCCUUGCCUUCGCCCCAGUAACUGCGGCUGUAUCCUCGGGCGAUGGCAGCGGUAACGACGAGACAAGCGACCGUCAGGCUAGACUCUCAUAUGGUCAUCCUAGCAUGGCGGCAGUCCGAUCUCAAGGCUCUCGCAUCGGUGGCGCUGAACCGUCGAAGCGACAUCGCCCUCUUCAACAAUUUCUGGAAGUGCAAAUCAGGACACCGAAAAAGGAAGAGGGGAGCAAACAACCACCACAGGAAGAUUCAUCCGAUGACGAUAUAGUUGUACCGAGUUCGCAUAAGAGAAAACGACCCGCACUCUCCUCACUCGCCGAACCUGAAGAUAUGGAUAUGGAAACUCCUCGCGCCCGUCGUCUCAAGCGUAAGGCCGAUAAUGCACCGAUUGUUUUAAGUGAUUCCGACAAGCCGCUGGUUUCAUCACCGGCGAAGAGACUACGACGCGGACCUAAAGGCGAUUCUGAACCAAGCGAUCCCGACAAGCCACUGGUAUCAUCUCCGACGAAACGACUACGACGCGGAUCGAAAUCCGAAUCACCUCAAACGCCCCGUGCUAAAAUGGACAAAGAUCAGGAAGAGAUUGAUGAGGAUGUGAAAGAUCUCCAAGACUCAGUUGUGAAGAAGUCGCGGACGCGUGGCCAUAUCGCUGGCUCGGCGAAAGACCAGCGACAAAAAUACCUCGAAGCUCUACGUCGCAAGCGCGCGGGAAUCAAAGACGACAGCGAUUCAGACGCAACCGCUCAAGGGGAAACAUCCACCAUCGAGAUAUCGGAUGACGAGGGUGACGGACAGUAUAAUGGCGAUGAAGACCUUGAUAAAUAUGAUGACGACUUCGUGCUCGAAGACGAUACGACCGCGCUUGGAGUUCCUACAGAGCUUCCAUUUGAAUUCACUCGACACGCCUACAAAAAACUGAAGGAAUAUUUUGAAGACGUCGUCUGCUGGAUGAUACACAAUAGUAUCGAUCCUGCAUUUCCUCGUUCGGACCCCAUGUAUGAGAUGGCUUUCAAUAAGCUUGAAGACGAGGUGAAAGGGCGAACCGGCUCUCAAUUUAUGUCCUCUGUGUGGGAUGUUGACUUCCGACGGGCACUGCUUGCUCGGCCUAGUCUUGAGAUUACUCCAUAUCCAACCGCAAUGCAACAUUCGUGCGAUGCUUGCAAGCGUUCUGGCCAUCCCGCCUCGAGCGAUCUAAGGUUCUCUGGGAAACCGUACUCUAUGGCGACUUUAGAACCUCUCAGUGAAGAUAGCGAGACGUCUGUGGCUAAUGAAAGCUCCUCUGAUGAAGAGGAAAAGGGGCUGGAUCGGGACAGAGACGGUCAUAUCUUGGCCGAGGAUGGCAGGAGCUUCUAUCUUGGAAGAACGUGCAAAGCCAACGCUCAGAGUGCGCAUACUCUCUACCACUGGCGAUACCAUCUCAACGAGUGGGUUGUCGAUCAUCUCGAGCGCAUGGGCCAUAUGGAAGAUGAAGAAGUCUUGCGCCGGAACAAAAUGAAGCAGAAGCAUAAGACGCGCAACGCUAUCGAGGUUAUCAAGACUAUGAAAGAAAACAAUGAGAUCGAGAAGCUCUGGCGCGACUUUCAUACCAACCUCAAAGUGGCUCGAGAGGAGCAGAAUCAUCCUAGUCGGACUGGUCGUUUCUAG